AUGUUGAUGUUGACUUGUGUCCUCAGCUCAUAUUCGGCCAGCCAGACAUUUCAAGUUGGCUUCACAACAGAGGCAACUAUGCGCUCACAGUCCACUUGUUCGUGCUGGCUGAAGACCAUGUUGCCUUCUUUAACCCGUAAAGCAGUCAACAGCGGCCUUUUUAAUGGGAAAUACCUGAGCCUGUUGCUUGCUUCGUUCCCCGGAACCCCGUUGACUAGCAGCAAUUUUGCCGUGGCCAUUUCGCCGCAGCUAGAUAACCCUUUUGAAGAAGAGUCUGUCAGCCACGCAGGACGGGAGGGUCCCGAGGAUGUGCGUAGUGUACAUUGUCAGAGCACGAGGCGGAAAAGUGUUGACGACAGACGGCUCUCCCUGACACAGCAAAACACCAAAUACGCCACUUACAAGUAUCGAGAAGGCUAG